AGUAGAAGUAUCCCACUAGAGACAAUAGCAGGCAAAAUAAGGGCUGGAAAAGAGAGGCAACUCAGGUUAUCAGGAUUUCUUGAGUUCUUCUGCAAUGCUGCUCCGCUCAGGCCGCAAAAAGCCGUAUCAAGUGUCUCUCCAUGGAAGGCAGGCUGUUAAGAGGAAAUCUUUGCUGAGAGCUGUGGAAACAACUUCUGAGAAGUCAGUUUUCAGUCUGCGAGAAACACUGAAAUGCUAUAUACUGACUGAAGAUUCAAAAACGGUGCAUUUUGACAUAGAUGAAGAUGGUCAUCAUGAAAUAUCAACCAAGGAUUCCCAAUCCCAUGAAGAUAUUGCAUGGUUAAGCGUGUUCACAAGGAAUGAACCAGCAGUUACUGAUUCUAAAAAUUUGGUGAUCCUCACACAGAGAUCAAAGCUUAAUGAAUUUGUCCUAUUGUGCAAGGGUAAGAAACAGCUCUGUCUGAAGGUCUUAAAAGCAUCCUGUUCAGAGCCAGAUUAUCCUUCAGUGGAAAGAUGCAACUUGAAAACCUGCAACCAUGAAGAUCCCGACUUCAAACAGCUGAGUGAAGAUAAUCACUUUUUCAUCAUGCAUUACCAAGGAGAUUCAGUGCAGUUCCAGUGCUAUGAAGAUAGAAGUUACUACCUGUAUGUGAAUGAUGACUCACUUGACAUUCGCAAGCCGGAAAACAAAGGAUUCAACGAGGACAAAAAUUUUUACUUCAGGGUGUCAUAUUUACAGGAAAAGUAACUUGUCUACCUUUCAGCAGCCUAAGUGUCCAUACAACUGCUAUAAUAAGCUGACACAAGAAAAGGAAGGUUGAGAUCAACUAAUUUCCAUUUUGACUUAAUUUUUACUUUUUUAUAAUUUCUUGAGUCACCAUUUUGCAUGAGUAACAUCCUUUAUGUCUGUGCUUUCAACAGGAAAAGACAAAGACUGUCUGGAAAACAUACUAACUGAUCAGUCUCUUCGUGUCUUACCUGCAUAAUUAUGGUUUUAAGGAGCUGAAUUCUUCUGGAAGGGGAAAAAUACACAGGGGAUAUUUCAAACACAGGGAAAGAAGAAGGAAGCAUAGUUGAUGUGAAAUACAAAGCACAGUUAGUUCUCCACGUGGUAAACAUUUUACUUUUAAAGAAGUGGCUCUUAUGAGCUCACCUGAACUUGAGAAGAAGACAUUUAGAUGUUACUAAGUGCAUAUGUGCAUGUCCUGGCUGACUGACUUUAGCAAAUGAGUGGAAAAGGUGUCUCAGGUCUAACUGAGAAUAAAGGAAGAGUCUGAAGGUUAGGCAGAAGAUCUCUCUGCAUCUGUAGCUCCAGAUUAGCUCACAUACUCCAUUAUGCAAUUUUAGCAUCUAUCCAGCAUGGCAGCUCUCUAAGAGGAUGUACACAGAGCAUCAGACUCACAAUGUACAGGCAAUGGGAAGGAAGCACAUUGAACUGAUGGCACAUAACACAUGUGCCUGUGAACACCAGCAGA